CUGCAAUUUAACAGGUACAGGUGUCAGUCAGCUAAAAUCAACUUCUGUUGAAACUCAUUCCAGUCAGUGGCUUCUGCUGAAAUGAGAACCGAAAGCCCUUCAUACUCCGAGAAAAAACAAUUUAGUUACCUAGCACCCGUUUCCUGGUUACGGACUGUAAACAUUCGAUGAUCUGCAGGAGGAGUCCAUGUGUAGUAUUUGGUGUUAAAUAAUAACUUUACAGAAUAUAUGCGAAUAGUUUUAUAUACAUAUACAUUGCACCAAGCUUAUUUGUUAGUCAGAUGUUUUAGUUUACUUACAAGCACUUCUUUGAAAAUAAAAUGUUAGAGAUUAAACCUAUCUAUGACGGGAAGUACCUGGACAGAUCUCCAAACAUACAGUCGUCAGGAAAGCUAAUACCAGUAGGUGAAAGAGUUGAAACAUGUCUGAAGGAAAUCUCUCCAAGGCCUGUUACUCCACCAGUGGUGAGAAAGUUUCUGAAUACAACCCGUCCAGAUGCAGGAGCUAUGAGGGUGUUUUAUGGAAAAGCUAAUGAUCCAGAUGAAGCACAGUAUCUGGUGCAUGGAGUGAGAACCAGGCCCUCUCUCAGUGCAGGAUCUCUGAUUAAUCCACCUCUCAGAACGCUCUUUCAGCAAAGAUUACAGGAACGACGGGAAGAUAUUUAUCAAAACCACCAAAAAGCUCCACUUGGAAGGUCAUAUAAUCAAGCCCCUGGGCUACCACGUGGAUUAGACUUAUACAAGACCAUAUUUGGUAAAAAGACACACAGAGUGUUUGCUGGACAUAUUAUAAACCCACCCAAGAGCAGAGAACAAGUUGAAAAAGAGGCUCAAGAUGGACGUCGGCUGUAUAUCAGAACGCACAAUCACUUUGAUGUUGGUGAACAAAUUAAUAGGAAAUAUAACUGGUCAAAAUACACCAAAGACAGCAAAUUUGGAAUAGCGACUCCUAAUUAUAACGAUGGGAGAAAUGUUGCGAGGUCACUUCGCUGGUUAGAUCAGCUGCAAUUGCAGAAAGCUGCAACAUUAGUGUCUAAGCGUGAUGAAGACUUCAGGGCAAGGACUCGGCCUCAGAUUGGGAAGGUUUGUGAUCCGAUUGCUGAUACACUGAAUGUGCCUCCAAACCACACAUUUGGUAUGAUGCUCAGUCCUGAUGGAUUUGGGGCUAGAGACCUUAUGCAUUACACUGCUCCAGUCGAUUUCCUCCGUGGUAAAGACAGGCAACAUGCAGUUCUGAGUGCCAUCAGGGAACACUUGAAAAAAGCAAACUUUCACAACUUCAGCUCACUGCUUGAAAGUUUUAGGCACUACGAUAAGAAAGGCAGUGGAGCUAUAGGUAAAGGGGAGCUCCAAAGUGUCUGCAGGCAGUUUAACUUGGACUUGAAUCCCCAGAUCCUGGAUGCUUUGCUUGAGUACUGCGAUGUAGACGGCGAUGGGCAAAUCGACUUUAUGGAAUUUGCUAACUUCCUAAACUGGAAAGAUAAAAUGCCAAUUAGACAGCUGGAAGAAGACAUCCUUACAAAGGGAAACAAGCGAGGAACGUUGGCGGGAGAAGGUGAAAUCCUGGUAAAGAAAGAAGAUCUUUUGCCAAAGGAGGUUGGCAGCUCAGAAAAGACACCCAGAACUCUAACAAGACCACAAACAGUUCCAGACCGCUUUCACACCUCCUCCUCUGUGAUCAGUGCUGUUGUAGGAGGUCCUUCAGCAGCUAAUUAUCGAACCUAUGGAGUUCCCACUGUUCGUACUGACCUGGCAGCUCCGUGCAUUAAGCGUAUCAGUGACAUGAAAAACUAUGGGGAUGAGUCCAGUUCUGGUGGGCUGAUCAACCCGUCUCUCUACAGCUUGAAAGGAGUUCAUGAAAAGCACUUUUUCAUGUCAAGACCAAAGGAAGAGAUUGCUAGCAUAUUUCGUAAUAUCGGAGUCGAAAUAUCUGACGAGACCUUUAAAGAUGUGUGGAAAUUAGCAUCUAUGAGACAUCCAAGAGGACAAGUCUGUGUGGAAACCUUCAGAAAUGUUCUUGAUGAAAUCCAAGCCAUGAAGAUGGGUUAUUAUUAAACAAUUGUUUCACUGGCAGCCUUGCUACUCAUUUCUCUUUGAACAAAAAGAACAAAAGUGAAUAUUUUUGUUAUUUUUUAAAUUAGGAUCAAAAGUGUAAGAAUGAUUUACUGUCCGAAUCAUGUCUGCUGCCCCUUUAAGGCUCACACUCACCUCAUCACAUGAUGGGUUCUGACUCCUGACAUCAUCUGCUUUCCACAGCAUUUACCUUCAUUUUCAUUGUGAUAUAUUUAUGACACCUUGUAAAUGAAACCCAGAUACACAAUUCCAAUAGAGCUGAAUUCAGCUUAAGUAUGUGUACUUAUUAAAAAUGAGGCAUGGAUUGAUUUCAUGUCUAGUGUAUUUUUCUUGGAGUGAGAGUUUCUUGGCAGUUCAAAACGGAAGGAGCCAUAGGGUUAAUAUUGUAUUCCAUAUGGGAGUUGUCUGAUAUACAUUAUACUGUAUUAUCUUAUCUCCAGAGCAUUGUGUAAUGUACAAUACAUUACGUUAUCUCCACUGAACCCACAAACCAUUGUUUCACUCUGAGAGCUCAUUUCAAAACAACUAGAAUUAUAGCAUUAUGUUUUUCUGGGAGUGGGCAAAACUACCCGGACGAGGCAUUAAAACUACUCCGAUCGUCUUAAAUAAUAUAUCAAAUUAUUACUCGCUCCCCAUGCAGUACAUACCAACAGGAAUUAUCAUUCUAAGAUUUUGAGGUUUUUUCUUUUUUUUUUUUUUUUAACAACAAUGUUGCCGGACGGAGGCAAAACUAUCCGGUCGAGGCAUUAAAACUACUUAGAUUGUCUAAAAUCAUACAUCAAAUUAUUACUCCCUCCCCAUAGAUUACAUACCAACAGGAAUGACCAUUAUGGCAGUUUUCCUAAAUAAAUGUAAAUGCUUCCUGACAAAACAAUAAUAAUGAUCACAACCUCUGUUUUGUGGUGCUGAAGACAGCUCCCUGUCGGACAGAUAUUGGGAAACUCGAGUAAAUGCAAGAUAAUGAAGCGUUACAAUCUGUGCGCCCUUCGUAUGCAAUUAAAGGAAUCGUUGUAGUAACAAUAAUAACAAUAAGAAUAAUAAAGAUUACAGAGUGGCAGUCCAAUGUCAGAUACUCUCCGGACCCUUUGAUCUUUUGAUUGAUUAAUCCUACGAAUCUUUUAACUAAAAGCAGCUGUGCGGCUUUGAAGAGAAGGGGAGUGCGGAGUAUUGUUGAUUCACAAAUCCACAGUUUGUGCCACGACUCCACAGAAAAGUAUUACACAUUUCAAACGUAACACUUAGAAAAGGGCUUGCUAUUUCACGUCAGCAUUGUAUUUGUUCGCUACAAGUACGGCAAUACAAUUAUACAUAGACAAUGUAAAAAAACGUUUUCAUAAUUACAACUUGUGACAAAGCUUCUUUAUUUACAGUAACAGUAAGGCUGGGUUUAAAGAGGACGUUACCUAAAUGUUUAUUUGUCCCUUUUCCAGUGGGAAUACGGCUUCUUUUAACAAACAACAAAACAAAACUAAAUACUAUAGCUCCUAGUUUGUAGCACUAAUUAAACUUAGCAGGAUAUUUAACUUUCAGACGUUAAUCCGGUUUACUGAUUUUAAAUAUCUUAUUCACAAAUGUAAUAUACUUUGUUUUAACGUACACCGUAUUCAGUUCUAUAGGGGGGACCGGGGUUGGUUGUCACAGUGUCUAUAGCAUUAACGCUAGAUGGCGCUUGCUCAUGAUACACUGAGAUGUGUUUUAGUUGUACGGAGGUCCACAAUCUUAGAAUUUCAUCUCUGUGCCGUCACAUAUAACAGUUAGCACUAUUUCUUUCUUUUUUUCAUACUGUAAGUAAAUUGUUAAGCUCUUCUUAUUCAUGUUAUAGAGCUUAGUAGUAUUGAGUUUUGUUUGAAGUGAUUAUACUGUGUAGAAUAGAGCCAGAUAUGAGCUAUCUAUGUUGUAAGAGCAAAACCAUUGGGGCAAGACAUGGGACUGCAAGAAAUAUAUUAUUUUUAUUAAUAAAAACCUUUGUAAUUGGAGACAGUAUUGCAAGUAAAACUCAUCACUGUUAUGUUCAGGGUACACCUGUUUAGUUAAUAAAUAGAAGUUAUACCUUUAAGGACUGUCCUGAGAUUCAGGACACAGCUGUAUGCCAGGUUGUUAGUGUUUCUGGUCGAAUGGCUUUAGAGAGAGACGGCUAAGAGAGAGUAUUGUAAACGACAAUAAAGUGCAGUUACAGUUUACGUUACAACUAACUCCUG